UAACAAUCACCGACAUACGCUUCGUAGUUCAAACGAACCGAUUCAAAUCAAAUAUCAAAUAUAAAUAAUAAAUAAACACAACUGUUCAGUUACUUUGACACAUUGAGUUGAAUGUAAUCACAUUAUUUGUCUCGGUAUUAAGUAAAAUGUAUAAAAUUUCGUUGUGUAAUUGCAUCUCCAAACAUUAGGAUAACGCAGAAAAAGUUACAAUGGAUAAAUUAUAAUUCACUGAAAACAGUUUGCAGAUGCGGGUUUACAGUUAGGUAACCUCUUUUAGAAUUCGGUCAAACCAGUUAAAUAUAUCGAAAUUUAUCGCUUAAUAAAGUAUAUAUGCAUAAAUCGGAAAUUUACAGCUUUAUUUUAAAUCAAAAACCAUGCAAGUUACAUUGGAGCUAAUUUUAUCCGUUUUAAUGUGCUGUUUUGUAAGAUUUUCUUCCCAGUGCAGCAACUAUGGUUAUCCUUUUGAAAAUCAUCUUGCUACCAUUACUCCUUACAGAAUCGUUUCAAAUAAAAGCUUCGAAAGGAUUAAUUUUGAAGGAUGUACACCAAAAAAAAUCUGGUUGAUGGCAAGACAUGGAACCAGGAAUCCAAAAUAUUCUCUCAUCGAACAGAUGGGUAGCAGAUUACCACAAAUCAAGAAACUCCUUCUUGAUGGCGGUAGUUUACCAAAUGAAUUUAUAAGAAACAGGGACUUAGAUUUGCUGAACAAAUGGAAGUUUAACAUGGACCCAGAUAAACACAAUAAAUUGACUCAUGAAGGAGAAGAAGAAAUGCUAGUUUUGGCCGAGAGAAUGCAGAGCAGGUUUCCGCAAUUGUUUGACGAAGUAUACAGUAAUACUUCUUACAAGUUCAAGUACACACAUUCACAAAGGACACAAAAGAGUGCAUAUUACUUUACGGCUGGAUUAUUCGGAAAGGCGACGGCCAAAGAUGUUUGGUUCCCUGAUCCUUUGAAAAAAGAUCCAAUUUUGCGAUUUUAUAAAUUAUGUGAUCGGUGGAAUUUCGAAGUAAAAAAGAAUCCUGCUGCCCAACAGGAAGUUAGAAUUUUUGAAAGUGGUCCUGAAAUGGAAGCAACCAUAAGAGAUGUUAAUAAGAGGUUGAAUUUGAAAGAAAAUAUCCUAGAGUUAGAUGACGUUAAAUUAAUAUACGAAAUGUGCAGUUUCGAAACUGCCUGGAAUAAAAAGAGCAAAUCACCUUGGUGUGCCGUUUUGUCGCAAGAUAACAUUAAAGUUUUGGAAUACGCAAAAGAUCUGAGAUAUUACUGGCAAGAUGGAUACGGACACGAAAUAACUUACAAGCAAGCUUGUCCGGCGUUCAGGGAUAUGAUAAAUUUCUUACAAAGCAAAAACCGUUUUCCAAGAGUGAUUGCCUACUUUACCCAUUCCGGAACGAUAUUAAAGUUGCUAGCACAUUUAGGAUUAUAUAAAGAUUCGGAACAUUUGACUGGCAAGAAUUACGAUAGUAUGGGAGAUCGGCAGUGGCGAACAAGCCUUAUAGAUGCUUUUGGUUCAAAUGUGGCUUUCGUUGUUUAUGGGUGUGGUUCAGAGGAUAAGAUUCUUACCUUGCACCAAGAAAACAUAGUAAGAUUGCCGCCCUGUCCGGAUACUGACCUGUGUGAUUUAAGCUUAGUUCGAGACUAUUAUUUCCAAAGUUUAGACAAGUGUGAUUUUACUUCAAUGUGCCGCGUUCAUUGAUGAAUCUAGAUAAAUUAUAUCUAGGUAUUAUAUAUUUUUUACGUAAUUUUUUUGAUAAACACAUCACGAUUUCUUGUAAAUAUGUUUUUUUAUUACUAUUGACUAAGAAUUCUUGGAAUAUAAAAAACACAAAACGUACUAAAGAAAUGCUUAAUAUAAUAUAGUAUUCUAAUUAACUAUCAGUAUUUACGAACCAGUCUUGUAAGCUUUUUAUGAUUAUAAUGUUAUGCAGAAGUUUUUUUUAUUUUGUUGAUGCAAAUAAUAUAUUUUAUUAUAUUGAUUUUUUGUAGUUGUUAGUUAUAUUAUUUAAUUUAUUAAAUAAUUUUAGUUAACA